AUGUCAUCGACGAUAUCUUCGACGAGUGUCACUUCGUCAACUUCCUACCCUACCCAAACUUAUAGCAAUAACAACAAUACCAAUCCUGGAUCAUUCUACAAGAAUCUGUUUUAUAUCUUGAUUGGUCUGUUGGUAGCUUUCGGUCUAGUCAGUUUCUUUAGUUUGAUGAGAGCCAGAAAGAGGAGAUAUGCUAUCGUCCGAGAGGCAGAAAGACUAGGUGUGAUAGUACCUGGAGUACCAGGUUAUAUACCAUUACGAGAUCGAAGGCAUCUCAACUGGCUAAGACCUGACGGCAGUAACCUUCCAGACUGGUGGGAAGUCGAGAAGUUUGGUGACGGAUCAGAAAAGAUGGUGUCGAAUGAGAUGGGUGUUGGUGGACAACAAUCAUUAGAAAGCGAAGAAGAAUUCCAUCCACUCGCAAUAAUACCACCCACCACCAAAGAAGAUACAACACCUCCCGUUCCAUUCUCAUCAUUACCAUAUUUCCCAAAUCAUUUAGCUUAUCGCCCAGAAUCAUUAAUACCCGUCGCAUCUAAAUUCACCAAUAUCUCAGAUCCUUCAAUAUUGAACGAAUUAGUCGGCGAACAAGUCGAAGUCGUAACGGUCAUUAGAAUGCCUAUGCCUCCCGAGUUCAACACUCAAAGAAGAAACGUCCAUGAAGGAGAUGACGAUGAUUCUGAAGAUGUGAUUAGGGAAUGGGCAGGUGUGGAAUUAGGUAUAACCAGUAUAGGCGUUAAAACAGGAAACGAGUUCUGA